UACAAACUAGCAAUGAUUUUAUCAUCCUUUUUUUAUAUUGUAUUUUUAUGCAUCAAGAUAUUCCACUUGUUAAAGUAAUAUGGGCCAAAUAAAUAGGGGGUGGACCAGGGCCAAAUUAGUCGAACAGGAAGAGACAGAGCAGACUUUGAGGUAGUGAAGUUGUCGAUAUAGCGUGCCAGCGUUUAUCUCUUUUAUAAAUUCCUUUUGUGAGAAACACUCAUAUAGUUUGACUAGGAUAUGUGGGAGUUAUUACAUGUUCGUACAAGGAGGUGAGAUGUAUGUGGUGUAUACUUGACAUUCCGCUGUGGGGACCUCAUUUUAACUCUAAGUUUGAGAAGCCUCUCAUAUUUUCUACAUUAUUUAUGGAGAUUUCAGUAGAACCGACGAUGGACUCCACAGAGGUCACAGCUGAAACCUCAGAGGACAAGCAACUGGAACCCCUUCUCAUUUUCGAAGAGGGGGAUGAACCGUCAGAUAUGAUAAACAGCAGAGAAAGAGGAAGGACGGUACUGAGAGUUAGAAAGGCUGAGAAAAACAGAAAAGAUGAGACUGGUGACAUUACAGAAGUCACAGAGGGAAGUCAGCAAGAUGAAAACAAUGUCCAUGUAGGAAAAAGUGAGAGUGGAGCAAUAGAAGGAGAAAUUAAUGAGGAGGGGACUGUAAAUUUAGAACAUCGACAAGAGGAAAGGUUGGAAGAUCACAAAGGGUGUGAAAAUAUGACGAAAGUGGACGAGAGAUUGUCAGACGGGACACAGGAGAUAGCUGAGAAUAUGCUACAAGAGGAGACACAGGAACCAGUGGAGAAAAUGAGAGACAUGUUGACUCAAGAUAAACCGAAAGCUCAAGUUAAACUACGUCCCAAAGACAGACUGAGUCCUGAUGAUGCAAAACAAACGGUUUGCCGGUUAUCGCCAGACUUUCCUGAUGCUCUGUGUGAGCUGCUGUACACGUUACAAGAGGGCCGACGACUCAAUGACCAGCGUUGUUCAUUCAGACUGGAGGGCCGGAGAAGGUGUUACUCUGAACCCAGCACCCCACGCCAGAGUCAUAAAGUGGUCUUCUCCUCCAUGACGUCACUGCAGAAGGAGGAGUUCUUCGAUUUUCUGGUUACCUCGCAGGGUCGUCGACUUGAUGACCAGCGAGCAGAGCUCCAGAACAUUCCUUCAGUGCCCCCACCACCCCAACCCAAAGCCAAACAGAGGAAGAGCAGCUGUAAGGUCACAGAAGUCACCCCAAAAGUUCCCUCACAAACACCCAAGGAAGAUUUAUAUAACAUGAUUGUGAUUUCACAAGCCCAGGGGCGUUUGGAAGAGCAGCGCAGUUCAGCUCCAGGACCGAUGGACGAUGAAGAUUUCUUCUCUUUGUUGUUAAAGGUCCAGGGGGGAAGAUUGGAUGAACAGAGAACCGAACUCAAACCUGUUAGUUUAUAAAUGCUAUCAAGCUAAGAAACAAACAUGAAGUUCCUGCUUUAACGGGCCUGUGUCAAUGUUAUGCAAUGUGUGAGUUUAUGAUGUCAGACUCUUUCCUGUCCGAAUCUGAAUAACUAUAAAGAUUAGACUACCACUGUAAGAAUACUUGCACUACUUUUCAAUGUUUCUGCAUUUAUUGCGCUUAAAACCAAAGCUCCAUACAGAUAAAUGAUGGGAGAUUAUAGUAUGUCUCUUGCUUUUGAAUAUUAAAUACAAAUGUCAAGGAUCUCUGUCUUUUUCUAAUACUGCACAUGUGUCUUUACAGUCUCUAAAUGAAAAUAAAUGUUUAAUUGUAAAUUAUGAUGUUUACUGUUAUAAGGAGAAAGAUACAUAAGCGAAUGAUACAAAGGCUUUUUACAGUAAGCCCACAAAGAGGUUUAUAUAGAUGUUGUAAUUACAACAACUCCUUUUAUGAAAUGCAAAUUAAACAUUGUCAAUUGCAACAGAAAAUAAUUUUAAUUUGUCCCUAAAUGUAUUAAACAAGCCAGAAUUGGUUUUAUAGUAAUGCACUUACAAUUCAAGUCAACGGAACAAGCCAUUGCACUUGGAUAAAUGUUAAAAUAUACACUUUUUUAUUUUGAGAGGAUAGCUACAAGACUAGUUUACAUAAGACUAUUGUGAUAGAAUUACUCACUAACCUUGUCAGUGUAAAAACUUUGUAAAUUUAGACAAUAUAGGAGCCAGUCUUAUGCAUAGACAUGAUAAUGCAUCGCCAGAAGUACAUCUGCCUACUGCUAAAAGAAAAAUUAAAACAGCUCACUUUUCUGCUUUUAAACCCUCCAGAACAUCUUGCCCCAUAGUAAGUGCCUUAAUAUAAACACCAUUCUUGCUUGUUUUAACAAACUGAGGAACAAAUCAAAAUGAUUGUCUGUGGUAUUAUUAUUAUUAUUACUAUCAUGCAUCACAGUAGAAUAAAAUGUGAGUGAAAACACCAGUUUUUCCAUAUUCUGUAGCAAGCAAAAGCAAUAAAAAGAGACAGUUAUUUCAGUGUCAAUUUACACAGAUUUCCAUGCACAUUUGUGUUUUUUUAACCACUGCUGAUGUUUGUUUGAGUGUCCUGUAUUUUCACUAUUGACAUUAAAGAGAUCACUGAACAUGUCAGAA